AUGAACAUGAAAACCGUGCUCAUCCUCCUCGUUCUGGCUUUAGCCACGAUCUUUGCUUUAGUCUGUGUGUUGCUGACCAGGGGAAGGGCCCCCAGCAGCUGCCAGCACCAGCCCCCGGAGCAGGAGGACACUGGUGACGGCCGGAGCCUGGUCUUUGCCGAUCUGACACCCGAAGAGAUGGUGCAAGUGGUGCGGUACCUGCGGGGAAACCUCGGGGUGCAGCUGGUCGACGCCUCGCGAGCAAAACCUUCCGACAACUGCAUCGCCUCCGUGGACGUGCAGGUCCCCGCCAAGGCAGAGGAGCUGCGGUUCCUGGACGUGCUGGGUCCGCUGCGGACGCCGGCGUAUCACCGGGACGUGACGGUGCAGAAGUACGGGGGGAAGGUGCCGUACCACCGCAGACCCGUUACCAUCAAGGAGUACAUGGAUAUCAACGUCCUCAUCCAGCGGGAGCUCAGAAAGGCACCGCGCUUCCUCACCGAGUGCUGUGAGUCCGAUGGGACCGACCUGGCCAGCCUCACAACAGCCCACGGGGACCUCCACGUCUCCCGCUGGCAGCUGCGCCAAGUCUUCUACAACGGCCAGUACUUUGCUAGCACGGGGGAUCUGGAAGACGCGUUUGUGGCCGACUUGCUGAAGGUCGUCAAGAUCAAGAAGCCCCAGGCUGAAGCGGUGCUGGGCUCGAUGAGACCCCGGCGCCCGCCCGGGUCCCUGGGCCCACUGCAGUACGAGCCCCAGGGUCCCCGCUACAGCGUCAAGGACAACCGCGUCACCUUCCAGGGCUGGAGCAUCGCCUUCGGCAUGAACCCCAACUCCGGCCCACGCCUCUUUGACAUCAGGUACCGUGGGCAGAGGAUCGUCUACGAGCUGAGUCUGCAGGAAGCCUUAGCCCUGUACGGCUCCAACUGCCCUGGGGGCAUGUCGACCCGCUACCUCGAUGGGAGCUUCGGCAUCGGCAGGUUUGCCUACGAGCUUGUCCGGGGCCUCGACUGCCCCUACACGGCGACCUACGUGGACCAGCACUACCUGGUGGAGUCGGAGACCCCCAAAACCAACGAGAACUCGCUCUGCAUUUUUGAGCAUGAUGCUGCCCUCCCUCUGCGGCGCCACUUCUCUGACUUACAGUCCUUGUACUACGGCGGGCUGCAGAAAACCACCCUGGUCAUCCGUGCCAUCUCCACUCUCAUCAACUACGACUACAUCUGGGACUUCAUGUUCCAUGGUAGCGGGGCCAUCGAGGUCCGGGUCCAUGCCACCGGCUACAUUAGCUCCUCAUUCCUCCAUGGCCAAGGCACCAACUACGGCAACAAGGUUGGGCCCCACACGCUGGGGACGAUGCACCUCCACCACAUCCACUACAAGGUGGACCUGGAUGUUGACGGACAGUUGAACUCCCUGGAGACCCAGGACAUGGGGUACGAGCUCGUGAAAGAACCCUGGAGCAUGCAGAACACCAUUGAGCGGCCGUACCUCCGCAGGAAAAGGCUGGAGAGGGAGGACGAGGCAGCUUUCUGGCUCAAUGCCCCCAUGCCCCGCUACAUCUCCUUUGCCAGUCCCAGGUCCAACAAGUGGGGGCAUCUGCGCAGCUACCGGAUCCAGAUCACCAGCUUCGCUGGGGAGCACCUCCCCACCAGCAGCCCCAUGGAGAGGUCCAUCAGCUGGGGCAGGUGGGUGCCAGGGUCCCAGCAGAGAAAGGAGAAGGACCCCACCAGCCCCAGCAUCUACAACCAGAACGACCCCUGGACACCCACCGUUGCCUUCGCUGACUUCAUCAACAACGAGACCAUCACCAACAAGGACUUGGUCGCCUGGAUCUCUGUGGGAUUCCUGCAUGUCCCCCAUGCUGAAGAUGUCCCCAACACGGUGACCGUGGGGAACGGCGUCGGCUUUUUCCUGAGGCCCUACAACUACUUUGACGAGGACCCCUCGGUGGACUCGCCCAACAGCAUCUACUUCAGCAGCGAGCAGGAUGCCGGGGCAU